CCUUCCGGCUCUGCGCGUCCUGUGGUCAAACAGCAACAAGAGUUGGUCGUUACCCUGGAGCCGUUAAACCGCUGAGUGAAUCCCCCGCCCGGCAGCCAGCGAGCAGCCCGCACGGCCGGCCGGCAGGCAGGCAGGCAGGCAGGCACGGGAGAGCAGAGGGGCCCGGCGUUCCCGUGCGGCGCUACAGAGGGACGCUCGGGAGGCGAAGGCGAGGCGGCCCGAGUUUGCUUGUGUUGGCGCCUUUUAUUGGUACUCAUUUCUAUUUGCAUUGAAGCAGAGUGCAGGAAUUGACUGUCCAUCCGUCCAUAUAUAGCACUGUCUAGAUGGUAUGCUGUCUAUUAGUCAGUUGGAAAACAAACUAUACCCAUGGAACCGGACAAUGAUAUUGCAUUGGAUAUUUUGAUAACAAAUGUAGUCUGUGUCUUUAAAACAAGAUGUCAUUUAAAUCUGCGAAAGAUUGCACUGGAAGGAACUAAUGUAAUCUACAAGAGAGAUGUUGGGAAGGUAUUAAUGAAACUGAGGAAACCUAGAAUAACAGCUACAAUCUGGUCCUCGGGGAAAAUUAUAUGCACUGGAGCUACAAGUGAAGAAGAUGCAAAAACUGGUGCCCGAAGACUAGCCCGCGUUCUACAGAAACUGGGUUUUCAGGUAAAAUUUGCUGGUUAUAAAGUUGUCAACGUUUUGGCUGUAUGCACUAUGCCAUUUGAAAUAAGGCUACCAGAAUUCACCAAGAAGAAUAGGCCCAUUGCAAGUUAUGAACCUGAACUCCAUCCUGCAGUAUCUUAUAGAGUUAAAGCGCUAAAAGCUACACUUCAGAUCUUCUCCACAGGAAGUAUCACAAUAACAGCACCCAGUAUACAAUGCGUUGCCAGUGCGGUGGAACAAACCUAUCCACUAAUCUUUGAAUCGAGAAAACAGAUCAAAUAAUCAUUCCUAUACGACUGGGAGCAUCUUUUGUGAUUGGUAACAACAAAGACGAAUUUUACUGUACAACUUUUCCAGGAAUGGACUGAGAGCAAAUGAGAGACUGUGCAGAGCUUAUGAAAAUGUAUGAACACAAUGCAGAUGUAUUCAUUUUGGGAUGUUAAUAUUGUUUUAUUGUGAACUGUUUACAUGACAUGAUGCUGCUGUUUUCCUUGGGAGAAUUCUUUUAAAGUGUGCAGUAUGGAACAGGAUUGUAAAAUGUGCACUACAUUUAAAGUUGAACCUUUUUUCUGGUUGAGCUUUAUGUUUUAAAAUAAAAAUUGUAUGCUGUGUAUGAACACCAAA